AUGUCAUCGCCCACUCCUUCGCUCGACAAGAGCCCGCUUCGAGCCGAAGCCGAGAAAGAGGCUCGUCUCAGCAACGCGAAUUACACCCCAGCUACUUCCGAAACAUCGUCUGAGGUCCAAAAGGUCACCUACACCGCAGAGGAGGAGAAGAGGUUACUUCGCAAGAGUAGGUCAUCAACGUUCCGGGUUGGGCCGAUCGGCGGCUGGCUGUAUGCCCUUUGUCGGCGCCCCUAUUGCCAGCCCACGGCCGCUUUCUGCUGUCACGCACUCGGACUCGCACUGAUUAGUGAUCAGAAUUUUAUCUUGCCUACCACCUUCUACUCCCUUUAGUCGACUUGGCGCUGCUCCCCGGCUUGACGUUUCUCUACCUGCUGUCCUUCCUCGGUGAGUUUCGCCUUUCGGACAGCUCACCGUAAUGAGUCGCGGGGACUGAUGGGCCAUCAUCGAUCUUUACAUAGAUCGCUCUAACGUUGGUAAUGCCAAGUGAGUCAUCCUUUCACCCAGCUUGAUAGCUUCAUGGGUGCUGUAAGCUGACAGCGACGUGGGAUCGCGCAGACUCUACGGCCUACUCAAGGACAUUGGACUCGCCAAACAACCCGAGGCGUACAACACAUCCCUCGCGCUCUAUUUCUUGGGAUAUGUCUUGUUUGAGGUAUGUCAAGAUUUUGAUGUAGAUUGCAGUCGAAAGAUACUGACCCCAUCCUGGCUCCUUGACAGAUUCCCGCGAAUGCUGUCCUGAAGCGAUACAACCCUCGCGUGUGGCUGCCCUCACUAACCGUGGCGUGGGGUAUCGUCGCCAUCUGCCAAGCUUUGUAAGCUCAUACGAGCUCGCCUUCGCUCAAUUUCUUGGUAAUUGAGGCUGACACGUAAAUCUCGCAACGGUGGUCCUUGUACGCAGCGUCACCAACAAAGCUGGAUUCUACGUGGCGUGAGUCGAUAGUUGCGGUAUUGGAUUGUUUCAUAUCUCCUUCGCUGACCACAUUGUGCUCUGUCAAAUAGGCGUACCUUUAUGGGUAUCGUUGAAGCCGGAUUGUUCCCUGUAGGCCUCCCCGCUGAGCAUUUGGUUCAUCUUUGAUGUGGCGACUGACGUAACUCCCAACAUUCGGCAAACUUCAGGGUUGUGUCUUUGUCUUCUCGAUGUACUACAAGCGCAAGGAGCGCCACUGGCGCGUGGCUUUGUUCUUUGGUGGAGCCGCUCUCGGUACGUCUUCUCAGAUUGGAGCGUCGAGGCCCAAUCCUGACUCGCUCGAAUUUCGCCUACAGCCGGAGCUUUCGGUGGCGUGUUGGCCUAUGGCAUCAGCUUCAUGGAGGGUGUUGGAGGUCACGCGGCAUGGUACUGGAUCUUUGUGGUAGGUUCCAUCGCUAAUUUCCUCAAGACUUGAGAUGAGCACCUAGCUGACACGGCCCCAUCUCUGCAAAUGCGCAGCUUGAAGGAGUCUUCACCGUGCUCGUGGGCCUCUCGGCCUACUUCUGGGUUCCCGACUACCCGCGCCAAGCCAAAUUCCUCACCGACCGCGACCGCGAGAUCUUGAUCACUCGUCUCGCCGAAGACUCGGACUCGGCCAACAUCGAACCGUUCAAAUUCGAAGGUGUCAAGUCCGCCGUCAAGGAUCACCUCGUCAUCGCCUUCAGCUUCGUCUUCCACGGCUUUGCAUUCCCCCUUUAUUCGCUUUCGUUGUUCCUGCCAACCAUUAUUCAGCAGCUCGGUUAUGCCAGCUGGAAGGUGAGCCUAUGAACUGGCUAGGGGACUACCUUUCGUCUCGUUGUGGUACUAACCAAGUUGUUCAUUGCCCAGGCUCAACUUUUGACCACCCCCAUCUACGCUUCAGCUUUCCUGGCGAUUCUCCUGGCAGCUCGUCUGAGUGCGACCCACGAUCGACGAGGCGUCUGCAUCAUCGCAUCGGGCGUCCUCGCCAUCAUUGGCUACAUCGUUAUCUUGGCUACGCACACAGCAGGUGCCCGAUUGGCGGGUGCUUUCUUGGCAGUCAUGGGUAAGCUACCUUCUAACGAGUGCCUGGCACGUUUUUACUGCCGAUUACUGACUUCUCGCCGAAUCACUCAUCUCAGGUAUCUACGCCGCCACCGCAUUGCUCCUGUCUUGGCCCGCCGAAAACAUCUCCGGCCAAACUCGUCGAGCCACCGCGACAGCAACACAGAUCUUCAUCGGUGACAUCGGUGCGAUUGCCGGUGUCUUGGUCUACCGCCCUUCUCUCAACCAACACUUCUUCCGCACACCUCACAUCAUCGCGAUCGGUUACACACUCUUCGGGAUGCUCUCUGCCGCCUGGUUGUGGUACUGGAUGCGUAAACAAAAUUUACAACGCGCCAGUAUCAUCCAGGAUAACAAGCAGGAUGGGACGGCAGUACCGACAACGCAAGAUACCCGAGGUGAUCGCGCGAUCGAUUACGUCUACCAGCUUUAG